GUUAUCGAAGUUUAAGCGGUGCAAAAGUUGUUAAAGUGCACAUUUGUUGUGCAAGUGUUUUGUUAUUUACAUAAAAUAAGUGUGAAGUGUUGUUAAUAAAGGUGCUAUGCAUUACCUAAUUAAGGUUUAAAUCGUACAAUAUGAGUAUGACCCAAGCUCCACCUAGAAAUAUGGAAUCAUUACCAAAGCAGUUUGUGUCCGCGAUGCAGACGUUGUUCGAUAUUAUGGAUGAUAAACAUACUGGGUACGUAAAGGUCACGGAUAUAGAAAAUCGGUGGAGAGAUGACCGCACUAAGGGUUUGCCAAGAGGUGUUAUAGAGAGCCUUCAAAAGGUCGCUUCCCACGACGGUUUACUAACAUUUGAACGCUUUUGUACCGGCCUUAAAAUCUGUCUUUUGUGCAAUCAAGUUGAAAAAAGUUCUGAUAAAGUUAACAGACUUAACGACGAAGAAUCAGGAGGCGGCAAUGUUCAAAUAAGCAACAUUAAUCAAGGCCACCAACGCCCGCCUUCAGCGCCCUUACUCGAUAUCGACGUGCAGCAGGACAAGAAUUGGAACUCAAUUAAAAAUACAGAGACAACAUCACAACAAAGAACUAUCAGCAUGCCCCAGUUGCUAGGCCGCAAAGAUGGCCCUUUCCAAGAGAUGAGGAACCACGGAGCAGCAAUAAAUAAACACGACAGGGUUUUCGCUCCUCCAAAACCGCCAAGAUUGGAGAAAAAUUCUGCAGAAAGGAAGGAACCCUCUAGAAGCUUCAAAACAGAUGACGCACCACGCUUUGAGCCUGAAGACAUUGGGGACUUAAAAAUUGACUUUGAGGAAGUAGCUCGGUCGGGAGAGGAGGCCAGUAGAGGCCUGGGAGAUGGAAGACCAUCAAACGACGCACAAGCGCAAGGCAUGCGUCGCACGCGCCGUCGCGAGCCUCGGCGACACACCCUACAUAACGGUGUAGACUAUAAUCUCCUUAAACGAAUGAAACAGAUUGAACAAGAAAAGGAUGUGUUGCUACAGGGGUUGAAUGCAGUCGAGGAAGCAAGAGAGUGGUAUUUAAAGCGGUUGGGCGAGGUCCAGGAGAAGAUGCGACAUGCUGGGCGGAUGGGAGUUUACGUUGAGCCAUGGAGUGAAGCGCAUCAGGAAAGGCUGGAGCUGCUGCGGGCGCGAGUGCUGGAGUUGAACCGACAGCUGGGCGCGCUGGCGGCGGGCUGGCGCCACGGCCAGCUGUCGCUGCACAUGAACCUGGCGCUGCCGGCCGCGCCCAACGCGGGCGUGUUCACGUCCGCCACCAAGCAGAAUCGCAUGUUAGCCGAGGAAGUCAAUCGGAAAAACGAGAGAAUAGCUGUUUUGGAGAGGGAAAAGUCAGCACUGAUUAGAGAGGUGUUAGGACAAAGAAAUCGAACAAAAAUAAUGGAUAACUUUGCAUAACACACAAAAAAUUAAA